AAAAAAUAAACAACAUUUUUUAAAUAAAAAUAAAGUUUUUAAUUGAUUUAAGUUAUAUUUAAUGAAUUAUCAUGAGGAAUGAUGAUGAUAGAAUCAAUGAAAUCAAUGGAAGACUGAAGGAUAUUGAUGAACAGCUUGAUAGGCUAAAGAACUUGAAACAAAAACUUUUAGCUGAAAAAGAAAAACUUACAGACAAGAAGAACUUUGAAAAAUCAGAAAAAUUAUCUCAAACGGAAUGGCAAAAUGAAACAUAUUCGUGGUCGAAAAAUGUUCGUGAAAUAUUAAAAUCUUCAUUCAACAUUGAAAAAUUAAGAUCCAUGCAACUCCAGACAAUUAAUGCUACACUAUCUAAACAUGAUUUGAUAUAUGUAGCACCGACUGGUGCUGGUAAGUCAUUAACUUAUCAGCUUCCUGCACUGGUCGAUAAAGGAAUCACAUUAGUUGUGUCACCAUUAAUCUCUUUAAUGGAAGAUCAGUUACAUUCGUUGAAAAAAAGGGGAAUACCUGCAAAAAUGCUCUCUGCAAACAGCACGAAGGAAGAAACAAAAAUUAUUCAUACUAUUCUUGAAGAUCCAUUAUUUUCAACUUCUGAUCAAAUGAAAUUAUUAUACGUGACACCGGAGAGAAUGAGUAAAAGCAAGAGAUUUAUGCAAGCACUACAAAAAUGUUACCAUAAUGCGAAAUUGGAUAGAAUUGCAAUCGAUGAAAUACAUUCAGUCUCAGUUUUAGGUCAUGAUUUUAGACCAGAUUACAAGUUUUUGGGAAAUAUGAAAACUUUAUUCCCAAAUACACCAAUUUUAGGAGUAACAGCAACAGCUUCUCGUAAAGUUUUGAUUGAUAUUCAAAAAAUACUGAAUAUUCGAGGGUGUAUAAUCUUCAAUUCACCAUUUAACAGGCCAAAUUUAUAUUACCAUGUUAUCGAUAAGCCUUCAGAAAAUGAAGCAUGUUAUGAUAAAAUAGCUGAUUUAUUGUCUAACCGGUAUGAAGGAAAGUCAGGCAUAAUAUAUACUUUUUCUAUCAAAGAUACUGAAACGCUGACAAAUGAGCUACUUAAAAGAGACAUUAAAGUUCGUCCUUAUCAUGCACAACUCGAUGCAGCAGAAAGAUCGAAAUACUAUCAUCAAUGGAUGGAAAAUAAGAUUCAAGCUGUUGUAGCAACUAUUGCAUUUGGACUUGGAAUUGAUAAGCAGGAUGUUCGGUUCGUUAUUCAUCACACCAUGAGUAAAUCUAUGGAAAACUUUUACCAAGAAUCUGGUCGAUGUGGACGUGAUGGAAAAUAUGCUGAAAGCAUAUUAAUGUAUCGAAUGGCUGAUAUGUUUAAAAUUUCGUGCAUGACAUUUGUAGAAUCUGAUGGACUAAAGAAUGCAUAUUCGAUGAUUAACUAUGCAAUAAAUUCAAAGAAAUGCAGACGGGAUCAGUUUGCUAAACAUUUUACAGAAGUCUGGAAUGAUAAAAACUGUGGUAAAAUGUGUGAUUGCUGUUUUCAUAAAAAGGAUGUUCGCGUUGUUAAGCCUCCUGAAAUAGAUAUAGUAGAGCAUUACCGUUCCUUGUUAAAAAUCCUUGAUAAAGCAAAAUCUACUGAUACAAAGCUUACUGCCUUAAAGCUCCUCGAUGCCUGGUUUCAAAAAGGAACAAAAUCUGCAAGAGUUGAUAAUAUGCCUCCACCAAAUAUCGACCGUUUUUAUGGAGAGCAAAUUUUGGUUUACUUAAUCAUCAACGAUUAUUUGCGAGAAGAUUUUCAUUACACAGCAUAUUCAACCAAUUCAUACAUAGUUCAAGGUCCAAAAGUACCAACAGAUAACGAUAUUGAAUUCAAUCCAUCUCGAGUGUAUGAAUUGCCACCUUUACAGAAAUUGAAAUCAUAUUUUGAGGAUUUUAAUGAAACAAAAACACCCCGUCGUAAAUCUUUGAAUAAUGAUCAUUAUCAAUUUCCACAAAACAAGCGCGAAACUUCAAAUCAUUCUCGCGAUUACUCAAGUUAUAAUAAAUUUGCAGGCAGCCAUCGCGAAAACUCAAAUUUGAACAGAAGUUACAAUAACAAUUACAGAAAUAAUUUUCCAACUACCUCUCAUUCAUCUUAUGACCAUCGUGAUAAUUUCAACCACAACAGCUCAAAUUUUAGAUAUAAUAAAAAGCCUAGGUUUGACACUUCACGUUCUACGUCUCGUUCAUCCUAUGCAUCAUCGCGUUCAUCAAGCAACGAUCGUCACAGUUUUUCAAACAGAAGUAGACAUAAUGAUAACAAUUUUAAAGCUAAUCAUUCCAAUAGAAAACGAAGAUACAGUGAUGAUAAUUUAAACAAAUCACGAAAGAAUUCUAGAUCCUCAAAUGCAGAGUCACAUACAAAAAUUUCAUCAACAGUCAAUUCGAAUGAUGAAGAUGUCAUUAUUGUAGAACCCAAGAAACCAACUCCCAUUAAUAUUGAUUGAAAUGAAUACAAAUUAAUGUAAAAUUUUAAAUACACCAAUAUGAAUUUAACAGAAAUAAAUCUACUAUAAUUAUUAAUA